UCUUUUCAUGACAUUUUUUCGGGCAGCAGUGGGUUUUCAUAGAAAAAACGCGAUUUGUUAAAUUGUGAACUAUGUGACGUCUGCUGUCAGAGCCGAGUUAUUUGGACAUUGAAGUAUGAAGCCAUACGAACGUACGAAUUGACAGAUCUCCAACCAAUAGAAACACUUUUGUACCAUCCUAUAAACGGAUGCAUGGGACACAGGCUUUAAUGUUUUUUAUGUAUACAAAAAUGGACAGUUAAAUGGUUUGCGCAUUGAAUGGCCUCAGAGCGACCUUGCCAAACUGUUCAACUUCUGAACUUUCUAUGUUUUGGUAGCAACCCCGACAAAUUUCAGCUCACAUUCUAACCUGAAAUCUGCACAUGGAUUGGAUUAAUGUGUAAACUAAAAUCGGUGUGGAAGAUUCAUAAACCGUUUAAAAAAUUCAGUGAAAAACAUGGUAGAGGAAGAAAACUUUCCCAGAGGGGGGAAACUAGCCGCUAAAAGACCGCCGCCAGAGAAUGCCAACUUGUUCAGUCUUGGAAAUUCCUCCAAGCCCAAAAAGUCCAAGACAUCCAAGAAGAAACCGACGCCUUCGGAUGAUGUUUUUGAAGCAGCCCUGCAUGUCAGAGGCUCUUUAACAUAUAAUCAAAUUCAAACAGGAAUGGUUAUACUAGGAUGCAUCAGAAACAUUUAUAAUUUCGCUUUGGAGGUUGAAUUGCCAGGAUUGUGUUUCGCUACAGUGCCCAUUACAGAGAUCUCAGACCCAUUUACCAAACAUCUCAAUCAGCAGCUGGAAAACAAUGAUCCAAAUCCUGUCGAUCCCAGCGAGUUGUUCUCUGUGGGCGAUUUCUUGCCCAUUAAGAUAAUGGCUGUGGAAACCCGCGAUAGCGGAACUCAUGUGGAAGCCAGCAUCAAUCCCAGAGAAAUUUACGCGGAUCAAAAUCACAGCUCGUUCGCGAAGGGCAUGCUGGUUUGGGCUUGUGUCCAGUCGCAGUCAGAUCAUGGUUAUGAAAUGACUCUCGGCGUUAAGCACUGCAGGGCUUUUGUGCCGUUUAAAAACAUCGACGACGAGCCCAAUUACGAAAUCGGAAAACCUUUGUGGUGUGUAACUCACAAAGUGGACUCGACAGCGACCGCUUCCAUUUUAAGACUUAGUGCCAAAUUGGAACAUGUUAGCGCUCUAACAGGAGAUAUCCAAAAUUUGGACAGUGCGCUACCAGGAACCAAAGUGAAUUUCGUAGUAGAAAAGAUUUUGGCGCAAGGGCUUCAAGGCAAGUUUGGUGAUCACUUCAUUGGAUACAUAAACGAAAAUCACUUGACCACUCCUUUGAAAAGGCCGACUGAUUACAAGGAAGCGAAAGUGCUUUCUGCUUACAUCUUGUUUGUGGAGCCAACCACAAAAAUCACACAUCUAUCGCUGCGGGUUCCGGAAAGGGCAGAAAAACCCACUUUAAAAAUUGGAGAUAUUGUAACAGCGCAGGUUAUCGGCAAAAGUGCCAAUGGCUUCAUAUUCAUGUUGCCCCAGAAUUUGAAAGGCUUUGCCACCCAUAAACGGCUGCUGAAUAGUAUCGUCAACAAUCAUUCAGCCGACAUCAGUGACAAGAUAAAUGCCAAGUUUUCCCCGGGUAGUAAACACAAAUGCAGAAUUUUGGAUUUCAACUAUCUCUCGCAAAUGUUCAUUUGCACCCCAGAAUCAGCGGUGUUAAAAGAGAGCACUUUUACCCCGUCCAACCUAAAACCAGGACAGGUAGUGCAGGUGAAAAUAGCCAGUAUUAAGGAAGAAGGCCUCGUGGUCACUACUGGACACGUUAGAGGAUUCGUCCCGAACUUGCACAUCAGUAAUAGUGAAUUUACGAGGAACGUGAAGAGUAAAUUUAAGGAGAAGCAGACAGUUAAUGCAAGAGUGCUGAGUGUUGAAGAUGGCAAGGUGUUAUUUACCAUCAAACCAAUGCUCGUUCAAAAUGAUGAAUGUUUGGCCCAAGAAAAGGACGCAGAAGUUGGAAAACAAUUUAUGGGGGUUGUGUCUAAAAUUUCAGAGGCCGGAGUUUUGAUUGUGUUCUAUGCCAACAUCAAGGGCUGGAUGGGUAAACCUGGCAUGGGACGGUCGGCUGCCGAUCCCUCAAAGUACUUUUUCUUGGGGCAAGUGGUGAACGUUUACAUUGGGAAAAAAGUCGGAGACUGCAUAUUUCUUUGUUUAUUCCCCCCUAAAGAUAAAGAAAAAGAAAAACCUUUCAUUCCAAGCUUUGGUGGGAGAUACUCAGGAAUAGUCAAAGUAGUUAAGGACGAUGGACUCGACAUACAAUUGAACAACACUACCAAAAGGGGGUUUAUUCCUAACGCCCAUCUGAGCGAGAAUUUAAGCCUUUGCCAGGCAAUCAAAAACACUUUUAGUGUUGGUGACCAAGUUAGCGACGUGAUGUAUAUUGGUGGCACCAAACCUCAGCUAUUUUCAAGGCGAGAAGCAAAUGUUUCAAGAGGCAAAGAAGUACUCAAACUAGAAGCUUUGAAAGAAGGUCAACUGGUUCGAUGCGCCUAUCAAAGCACGGCAAGCAAGGGACUGUUUGUACAGCUUAUGGUCCAAGGGAUCUCAAAGCCUGUUUUAAUCAGAAAAGUGAAUAUUGAUGAGAACAUACCUGAAUUAGUUCCUCAUCAACUGGUAAUCGCUCAGGUACAGAAAGUGGAUAUGCAAAAGCAAAAAAUCGACUUGUCCAUCAAGCUGAAAGACGUCUACAAGAAUAAUGUUGAAGGUCCUUUGGAUUUGUUUACGCAGUACUUGCAAGAAGAAGUGUUUUUACAUAAGAUGAGUUGCAAGCUAAAAUGGGAGAUUUGCAAGUACAAUUUAGGACAGCAAGAGCAGUGUAAAGUGGAAAAAAUCGCCCCUCAAGGAGGCUGCGUUGUGUCGCUAUCAGAUGGAAAAGUAAAAGGAGUUGUUGUUCCUUCGUUGUGUCCUAAAGCCUUAAAAGAAGGCGAUUCAGUCGUCGGGGUGAUUAUAGGGCACGACUACGAAAAACGCUUUCUUCACGUAUGCAUAAGACCUGAUAUUAUCAGCAGAAUAAGCGAAGUGCAAAAUGGAAGCUUAAAAGCCCCGAUAUCAUCGUGCUAUGCAGAAAAGCUGCUGGUUAAAGACGAAUGCAUCGUAUCCAUUCUGAGGCAUCCCAACGGUAACAAGCAGUUGGUGUAUUUGCCAGUCAAGCUCCACGAAAACGAUUUUGUCGGUUGCAUGUCUUAUUACAAGGCCAAAAAGUUCAAAAUCUGCGUUUGUGGGAAACUGAAGAAGUUCCUAAUCGGGAUCAGCACGAAAUUGUUUAUUACUCUAGACAGAACCACCAACAAAAGGAAAUCAAAUGGCAAGCUCGAGAAACUUGAGGAAACUGAGCCAGAGGAAAUGCUAGUUGAAAGUGAAGGUGGCGAGAUGGAAGACCAAUUAGACGAGGUAGAAUGUGAGAAUAUGGAAGUGGAAGUUGAGUCGAGCGAUGAGGCAACUGAUGAGGCCUUGGAUGAUGAGGAAAAAAUUGAACCCGAACCCGUAAUUUUACCAGGAGUGUCUUCGUUUUUCACCAUUGGAAAAACGAAGGCUCCUGUUGAGGAAUCCUCCGAUGACGAAGACGAGGGGCCAACUGAAAGGAAGAAAAUGAAACUCUCGCCUGCCGAAAGAGCCGACUUAUUAAGAACGGAAGAGGAACGAAUUGCAAAAAUUGAAAAAGAACUAGCCGACACAAGUAAAGCUCCAGAAAGUGCCGAGCAGUUCGAUAGGCUGCUGUUAUCCAAACCAGAUUCCGCAGAGCUUUGGGCCAAGUAUAUAGCAUUCCAUAUUGCGGCGACAGAAAUUGACAAAGCUAGAUCAGUGGCAAAGAGAGCUUUGGCCACAAUCAACAUGACUAAAACCGAAGAAAAGUUCAAGAUUUGGAUCGUUUUUCUGAAAUUAGAAAACAUGUUCGGUACAGAAGAGACGUUUGAAAAAGCGCUCGAAGAUGCGCUUAAGUUCAACGACUCGCUGCAAGUCUACUUGAAGGUGAUUGAGAUGUUUGCGGAAAAUGGGAAAUUCACCGAAAUGGAAGGAAAAAUAAGUAAAGUGCGAGCAAAGUACAAGCAGGAACCGACCAUGUGGCUGGAAUUGGGCAGGAUCUAUUAUCAAAUCGGGCAAUUCAAAGAGGGCAGAAACUGCAAGGACAGAGCACUGAAAUCCAUAACGGAUAAAAAAUCCCAAAUGACUAUUAUUAUCCGAUUCGCAAUUAUGGAGUUUAAAUAUGGGGAAUCGGAUCAGGGCUGCGCCAUCUUCGAAACCAUCCUGUUGACGAGUCCCAGAAAAAUCAACAUCUGGAUGACUUACGUGGAUCAACUAGUGAAAAAGGGAGAUACUGAACAGGCUCGUUUGGUUCUAGAGCGGGCGAUGAGCCAGAAGUUGCCACCCAAAAGCAUAAAAUCCUUGCAGGGAGUAUUCAGGAAAUUUGGCUGGGACACCAAUAAACACUAAUAAUUGUAUAAACCGAG